AUGUCUACCAUGGCGUUACCGACCUUGCAGUCCGUGGCUGAGUGCGCCGACUUCUCUAAAGUUGUCCUUCCUUUUCUUCCCCAGCUGUACAGCCUACCGACGAGAACGGCAGAGGCCGGCCUUGACCUCGAUGCACUUCGAGAAAUUUAUCUAACAACAAACCCCCUCGUUACGGCAUUCGCUUUUUGUCUUUUCCUCGUUCCAGCGCUUAUAUUAGUGUCUGAAAUUAACAGAAACUACUCCCAAGUCGAUCGUCUGUGGAGCAUUCUACCGACUGUCUACAACGGCCAUUUCGCCCUGUGGUGCCGGUUAAAUGGCAUGUCCACGACCGAAGUCACCACUGUCCUUGUUUUUAGCUUGAUCUGGAGUGCCCGGCUCACUUUUAACUACUGGAGGAGAGGAGGAUACUCUAUCGGCUCCGAGGACUACCGCUGGAUCGUUGUUCGAAACAAAGUGAAUAGCCCCGCGCUGUUCUUCCUAUUCAACGUCCUUUUCAUCAGCCUAACUCAGUCCAUCCUUCUUUUCCUCAUCACCGCGCCCACAUACAUCUUUGUCCUCAUAGGCACCAUCCGUGAUGCUUCCAGCUUCGGCCUUCCCGACCUCGCAUUCUCAAGGUCCCUCCUUUUCUUCGUGAUAAUCGAGUAUUUUGCCGAUCAGCAACAAUGGAAGUUUCAGCUGGCCAAGAAGCAAUAUAAGGAAACCGCACGUGUACCGCCAGAGUAUAAGGAUAUAUACACGAGCGAUGACUUGGACCGUGGAUUUGUGGUAUCUGGUCUCUGGGCCUGGUGCAGACACCCAAAUUUCGUAGCCGAACAGGCAAUUUGGGUGACAUUAUAUAUUUGGUCUUCCUACCGUGCCAAAUCAUACUUCAACUGGAGCGGUGUUGGUGCAUUGUGCCUUGUCUUGCUCUUCCAGGGCAGCACUCAUCUAACAGAAAGCAUCACUGCGAGCAAAUACCCUGAUUACAAGCAGUACCAAGCCCGAGUUGGGAAAUUCAUUCCCCGCUUUAGUGUCGAACCUUGA